AACACGAUCUUUUCUCCUGACGUAAUUGAGAGAGAAUCGAUGUUGAUCAGUAUUAGCAGUCAUCUACUAGAGACGAGAGAGUUCGCAGUUAUCUGCCUUAGAUCUGGCAAAAUUAUAGAACUUGGAAGUUGGGAGGAGUCCUAUUCCGAGAUGGGGUUGAAUUUUGCAGCUCGCGUUGAGCAGGAAGCAUCGGACUUUGGGCUUGAGUGAUGAUUUUUCGAGUCAGCAGUCAAAGCAUUGUCUUUUGGAAGAAAAAGAGGCCAGGCUCAACCCAGUGAGAUGUCCAUUAUGAGAGGGAUGAAUAAGCCAUAUGUUGUGAUAUGGACUGUUAUCAUUCUUGGAGAAGUGUUGAUGUAUGGUGGUUAUGGAAUCUUGGUCAACUUGAGUAAAGUGAAUGGGCGUCUUCCGUACUUGCCUUCGUCCUUUGUAUUGUGUACAGAAAUUCUGAAGAUGAUCAUAUGUCUGGUUAUUCUUUGGUCAGAGAAAAGAAAAGAAAUGUCACGGUCAAUCACGUUAUAUUCAGCUCUUCCCUUUGCUGUGCCAGCUCUGUGUUACUGUGUCAACAAUAAUUUAGCUGUUGUUUUACAGUCUCACAUGGACCCAGCAACGUACAUGGUACUUGGGAAUCUGAAGAUUGUAUCAACUGCUGUUCUGUAUAAGUUUAUCAUGAAAAAGCACAUUAAGACUACCAAGUGGUUCGCUGUUGGUCUUUUGGCUACUGGUGGAGUUCUGAAUAGUUACACAGCAUUGCAAGCAAAAUCCUUAUCCCUCUCAGAAAUUCAUGCGACCUGGCAAGGCAUGUUGCUUCUUUGCUGUUACUGCUUCAUCUCUGGAUUCAGUGGGGUUUAUACAGAGUAUAUUCUCAAACAAAAUUUUGAGUUGUCUGUAUAUUACCAGAAUGCUCUGCUGUAUAUGUUUGGUGUAGUUUUCAACUCAGCUGUGUGGAUAAUCCAGGCCCUUAGACAAACCACAGUUACCAAAGACACUCAGGAAUUAUAUAUCUUCAAUGGAUAUUCAGUGUUUACUUGGGCAUUGAUUAUAACUCAGGCUGCCACUGGGCUGAUUAUGUCUCUCAUCAUGAAGCAUUUGAACAAUUUGGUCCGACUCUUCAUUGUGUCCUCUUCUCCGCUGGUAACAACUAUGUUGGCUCAUGUGUUCUUCAGCCUCCAUGUUCCUUUCGAGUUUGUUUUGUCUGGAAUCUCUGUGGCAGCAGCCAUUUUCCUUUACAGUUACAACUGAAGAUACUGCUCAGUGAACUGCAGGUGCUAUUUAUUUUUAACUUCCGAGAAAUGUGCUUAUAAGUAAAAAAAACCUAUGCUUUUACAUAACUUGAAUUAACUUGUUUUUAAAGUUAUAAAGCUUCAUGCCAUAUGGGUGCAGGAAGCUAACGAGAUUUUAUUUUAAUAUGUAUUAAUUUGUGGUGCAUCAAAGUUAUGUUCCAGAUGAUGCAUUUGAAAAGUUAUUUGUGCCAUUGUUGUUUUGUUUUUUGAUGCAACAUAUUAUAAUUGUGUAGUAACAAAAAUGGUUGUGAAGAUGCUGUGACUUCUAGAAUGCAUAUAUGCCAUU